ACAAAGAUGGCGGCGGUGUGUGUGUUACGGAACUGGGGGAUAUUGUCUACUAUUCACAAGUUUAGUAAAAAACACACACUGCGGCUACUCAGUGUGGAACUCAACAACAGACAUGAAGUGAACAGACGCCGUCUGCAAUGUUCCUCAUGUGGGCUCCUGAAUAUACAACAAAAACGGUUCAUGUCGUCCCGUAACAGGGCAGAAGGGAAGGUGCUAGAGACAGUGGGAGUGUUUGAAGCCCCAAAGCAGCAUGGCAAAUAUGAAACGGGACAGUUGUUCCUGCACAGUGUGUUUGGCUACAGAGGCAUCGUCUUGUUCCCCUGGCACGCCCGACUUUACGACCGUGACAUCACACCUCCAGCAUCCGACAGUAAACCAGAGACUCCCGGAGCACAUGGGUCAAAGGAGGUGAAGGGAAAAACACACACGUACUAUCAAGUCCUCAUUGACACCAGGGACUGUCCACACAUAUCACAGAGAUCACAGACAGAAGCCGUCACAUUUCUAGCCAAUCACGACGACAGCAGGGCUCUGUAUGCUAUUCCAGGUCUAGACUAUGUGAGCCAUGAGGAUAUUCUGCCAUAUAAUUCCACAGAUCAGGUGCCCAUUCAGCACGAGCUGUUUGAGAGGUUCCUCAUGUUCAACCCGUCUAAAGUGCCUCUGUUUAUAGCAAGAGACACACUGCGUGCAUGGCAGGAGAAGAACCAUCCAUGGCUGGAGUUGUCCGAUGUCCACAGAGAGACUACAGAGAAUAUCCGAGUGACCGUCAUCCCUUUCUACAUGGGCAUGAGGGAAGCACAGAAUUCACACGUUUACUGGUGGCGCUACUGCAUCCGUCUAGAGAACAUGGGCAACGAGGUGGUGCAGCUGAGAGAGCGACACUGGAGGAUCUUCAGCCUUUCAGGAACGUUGGAGACGGUCAGAGGCAGAGGAGUGGUGGGCCGGGAGCCUGUAUUGUCCAAAGAGCAGCCAGCGUUCCAGUAUAGCAGUCACGUCUCACUACAGGCCCCCAGCGGACACAUGUGGGGCUCCUACCGGUUCGAGAAGCCCAACGGCACAUUCUUCGAUGUGCGCAUCCCUCCCUUCUCUCUCGAAAGCAAGAAGGACGAUAUGCCAAACAGCUUCCUGCCCGGCCCCUUCUCCUCACUGACUUAAGAGCUCAGAACCCAGAGCCUUGCCCAGGUGUCCUCGUCCCAACCCCUGCCAAGCUCAGCCUGUCCUCCUGUCCUGCAUCUCCAACAACACGUCCCUGUCCCACUAUUGAACUGUGCUGUACCUUCAGCCCCCAUGUGACUAAUCCAUAAUAAUAGUGAUACCAUAUUAAAUGCUCUCCUUUUUGUUUCUGAAAUGUUUUAACUCUAAAGAAAAAGUGCAGUGAUUUUAAACUAAACUUAAAUUUAACUUCUUAAGAUUUGCACAUCACCCCAUGAUGUGAGUGAGCUAUAAACAAAUCUGCAAAUCUUAACGCCUUUACAAAUACACUUGGGAUGGAUAAAGUUUAGAAAACAAUCAAAACACUAUUCAUACGAUUAGAAUAUUUUCCCUGUAAUUAAACAGUGCUUAUCGAAGCUCUUUUUCAGCUUCCUCGAAUGAUUGUCAGCAGUUAACAUGAGUUUCCUCGCUUGCUUUUAAGUCGCCAAAUAAGCAUGGACUGUAAUAUUCAGAAUUGGAAAAUCUACCUUAACAAAUUUGAUCUCAUCCCCACGUUAUUCCACUGAUCAGCUUUUAACGUACUUUGUAGGUUUUUUUUGGGGGGGAGGGGGGUUCUCUUUGAGAGUUGUAGCGGAGCUCCAGCGGAGCUAAGAAAAAAUGGUAAAACCAUCGAGUCGAUUUUUUUUUUGUGUGGUUUGUACGUGUACCACCAGCCAUACACACCGCCUAGUGGCCAGUGUUAGUAAUUACCAGUCAUACACACCGCCUAGUGGCCAGUGUUAGUAAUUACCAGUCAUACACACCGCCUAGGGCGGCACGGUGGUGUAGUGGUUAGCGCUGUCGCCUCACAGCAAGAAGGUCCUGGGUUCGAGCCCCGUGGCCGGCGAGGGCCUUUCUGUGUGGAGUUUGCAUGUUCUCCCCGUGUCCACGUGGGUUUCCUCCGGGUGCUCCGGUUUCCCCCACAGUCCAAAGACAUGCAGGUUAGGUUAACUGGUGACUCUAAAUUGACCGUAGGUGUGAAUGUGAGUGUGUCUAUGUGUCAGCCCUGUGAUGACCUGGCGACUUGUCCAGGGUGUACCCCGCCUUUCGCCCAUAGUCAGCUGGGAUAGGCUCCAGCUUGCCUGUGACCCUGUAGAAGGAUAAAGCGGCUAGAGAUAAUGAGAUGAGAUGAGACACACCGCCUAGUGGCCAGUGUUAGUAAUUACCAGUCAUACACACCGCCUAGUGGCCAGUGUUAGUAAUUACAGUCAUGCACACCGCCUAGUGGCCAGUGUUAGUAAUUACCAGUCAUACACACCGCCUAGUGGCCAGUGCUAACCAGUAAAGAAAUAAAACAAGAGACUGGUUAUGAUAUAAGAAAAUUCUACAACCCAGAAACAGAUGGGAGCUCCGCUUUUAGGUAGUGCCUAAAUCUAUAUAUUAUCUAUAGCUGAGCAUGUAUUCUCGUCUCAAUUAAGUUUGAACGUUACCUAAAACGACUAAGAAAAAACCGCAUGAGUUCACACUAAAAGGGCCCUGUUAUGACUGUUAUUUUCAGUAAAGUGCUUCUUUAUAAUCCAUCAGAGGGUCUGUUCCUGCAUUUCGGACUCUCUCCUGCACUUGAUUUAACAAACCUGCCUGCACUUUGCAACUUCUAGAUCUGCACUAGUGAGCUUUUUGUAAUGAAGCAGAAUGUUAAACACUAGGCAGAAAGUCCAUUAACAGGCAGAAAAGCCAUACUUUCGAACACCUUAAUGGAAUGUGAGGUAGUUUCUGUUUCCUAGUAUAACACAGCAGUGCAGAAUGCAAGUGUUUAUUGGACACGAGCAUGUUUCUGUGAGUCUAAUAUGAUUUCCUUUUAAUUUAUCUUCAUACGAUUUUACUGUCUCACUCUCAGGUUAUCUGAAACCCUCACUCUGUCUGUUUAGCUGUAUUUAUCGGCAUGCAAUGAAACUAAUUUGGAGUUAUGUUUGUUAUAUAUAUUAUUAUGGGGGAAAACCAGUUUAAUCAAUCAGUAACCACGCAUUUCAUUCACCCAUUAAUAACCUAUUAAAUAAGUCAAUUCAUACACUCAGAUAUGGGGAAAUAUUUAUUUGCGUGGUAUCCUGGAUAUUAUGUGACCGAUAUGGUUCUGCCCAAUGAAAAUGUAAAGACGAUCAGGUUUUAGCCAAAAUUGUGUUUUUCUGCCUAUAAAGCGCUUUACAGUCACUACUUUACUUUAAGAAAACAAACAUUUCAUACUUCGGUCAGGUUGUUUGAUAGCUACGUGCCAUUAGCAUAGUGAACAUAAGCUAAUAUAAUCAACACAGACCCAGUUUAUAUGUACAUGGAUAUUUUUGAGAAAACAGGGACUCCUUUAUCACUCUUUCAGUAAUGUCGUGUCUAAAUGUUUGCGUAAACCAAACAAAGUUGUCAACAGAUUUACGUGAGUUUUGUAAACGCUGAUUUUCUUCGUACUUGCAUAUGAUGUUGAUGAAUGCCCAUCACCUGCAUGGGCAUGGCACAACUCGCUGGCAAGUAGUGAUGCCCACAAAACAUCACUAAAAAUAAAUAAAGUGCAAAGACAGUGCAGCAAGAAAUGUAUCUUUGCAAAUUUAAAUACGAUUUUCACGUUUUCUUCCAGGUUGCUAUACAUUUGUCAAAUUAGCAUCGUGUUACUUAUUAACCACUAUUUUUUUUAAACUCACUAUAAAUAAUUGUAUUCAUGAAAACCAGAACUUUUUGUCAGUUGAUUUGGAACCAAAUUGUCAAAUAAUUAGAUCUUUUUGGUAAAUCAUGGCAUUGCUUUUGUAUACGUAUGAGCGAGUGCAAUUAACUACACGGAUCAUUCUUUGUGAUUCCUUUUCUGAAGAUUGAGUUGUGUUAUUUGAUUAACGUUUGUUUCAAAGUAAUGUUGCUGUCAGAAGUCUGCAGAUGACAUUUAACUGUAGAAAUUGUGAAUCUGUAAUUAUAUUUGUAAAUCUGGCUUUUCUACAUGACAUAAUUUACACAUAUGUACUGUUCAGGUUGAUUACGAAUCAUUUGUUGUGCAUUUUUGAACAACUAACUGUUAUGUAAUCCAAGCAAACGUAUCCACAGAGUUCAGAGGCGUGGCCAAGUGGACGGCUACAGAGAGCUUGGGGGAGGGGCUAAAAAUAUGACUACAAACUAAGCAUGUAAAGUGCAAAUCUGCAAAUAAAAUGGGAUGUAAUUACAAAUUAACUUGGUGCACGUGAUGACUUGCAAAUGUCAAAAGGUGUAUACGGAUAAAAUUUCUGACUGCGAAAUGGAUUAUGGAUUGGUGCUCGGUAAAAUUUCGGCAUUGAAUUGAUGUACAGUUACUUUUGAAAGGAAGGUUGGUUGGAUUUCAGUACUAGGGUGGUCUGUAGAAGGUGGUGUCACCGAGUUCGAACUCUGUGUUGUUUCAAGGCUGCUGAAUGUAAUCUCAUUGUAUUGAAAAUAAUAAAUGGGGAAUUUGUUUUGAACAUUUUUGACUGAAGUACUCUACUGUAUUCCCAAGCAUACAUACGUACAGUGGCAGUC